GGAGGUCAAAAACCUUGGUCAGUAGCACUGUGGCCUGUGCGGUGAGCCCGGGGCUCCAGGUCGGCCUUGGUUGUUCCGCUCGCCAGCUCGCUGCACACAUGGCCCUGAGAGGCGUCUAUGGGCGGCUACUGAGCCGUGGGCCCAGCCUGCGAGUCCUUCGUUCAUGGAGCUCGGCGGCGACGCAGACCGAAAAAGGCGGGAAGACCCAGAGCCGAUCAGCCAAGUCCUCGCGGCCCGAGUUUGACUGGAGGGACCCACUAUUGCUGGAGGAGCAGCUGACAGCAGAUGAGAUCCUCAUCAGGGACACCUUCCGCACUUACUGCCAGGAGCGCCUCAUGCCCCGCAUCCUGCUGGCCAAUCGCAACGAAGUUUUUCACCGGGAGAUCAUCUCAGAGAUGGGGGAGCUGGGUGUGCUGGGCCCCACCAUCAAAGGGUAUGGCUGUGCUGGAGUCUCAUCUGUGGCCUAUGGGCUCCUGGCCCGAGAGCUGGAGCGAGUGGACAGUGGCUACAGGUCAGCGAUGAGUGUCCAGUCCUCCCUCGUCAUGCACCCUAUCUACGCGUACGGCAGCGAGGAGCAGCAACAGAAGUACCUGCCCCGGCUGGCCAAGGGGGAGCUCCUGGGCUGCUUUGGGCUCACAGAGCCUAACCAUGGGAGUGACCCCGGCAGCAUGGAGACCAGAGCCCGCCACAACCCGUCCGGCAGGAGCUACACCCUCAAUGGGGCCAAGACCUGGAUCACCAACUCACCUGUGGCCGACCUGUUUGUAGUGUGGGCUCGGUGUGAAGAUAGUUGCAUUCGGGGCUUCCUGUUGGAGAAGGGGAUGCGGGGCCUCUCGGCCCCCAAGAUUGAGGGAAAGUUCUCUCUGCGGGCCUCGGCCACGGGUAUGAUUAUCAUGGACGAUGUGGAAGUGCCAGAGGAGAAUGUGCUGCCCAAGGCGUCUGGUCUGGCGGGUCCCUUCGGCUGUCUAAACAAUGCCCGCUAUGGCAUCACCUGGGGUGUGCUUGGAGCUGCUGAGUUCUGUUUGCACACGGCCCGGCAGUACACCCUGGACAGGAUCCAGUUUGGUGUCCCACUGGCCAAGAACCAACUGAUUCAGAAGAAGCUGGCGGACAUGCUCACCGAGAUCACACUGGGCCUUCAUGCCUGCCUGCAGCUCGGCCGCUUGAAGGAUCAAGACAAGGCCACCCCGGAAAUGAUCUCCCUGCUGAAGAGGAAUAACUGUGGGAAGGCCCUGGACAUUGCCCGCCAGGCCCGAGACAUGCUGGGAGGGAAUGGGAUUUCUGAUGAGUAUCACGUGAUCCGGCAUGCCAUGAACCUGGAGGCCGUGAACACCUAUGAAGGUGGGGGCUGGAUCCCUGGGGCGGGGUUCACAGUGGCCUCACGUCUGGGGAAGAGGACAGCAGACCCAAGUCCUACUCCCAGCUGUCACCAGUUGGCAGCAUGACCUGGGGCAAGUCCCACCCUGUGUCCCUCAUCUGGAGUGGCCCACACUGGGACCGUGGAAGUAAACCCUCCCAGUCCUUUCCUCCAUUAUGCUCCAGGGGAGGGAUGUUCCCAAGCCUGCUUACGGCUUCUUCAGGCAUUCCCAGAGUGGGGCAUUAAUGCCCAGCGAGCUGGUGGAUGCAAGGGAGUGAGAGUGCAGCUACACACAGGAACCACCACUCCAUUUUAUGUGGUGUUUGCACCUGACAACUAGUUGUGACUCGCAUGGGGCCCAGAACCCCUUGCCUCAUGGGAAGACAGACAUAGAAAAAGAUAAUUAAAAAGAAAAGAGAUGUGGGGAAUUCCCUGGAGGUCCCGUGGUUAGGACUCGGCCUCUUCACUGCGGUGGCCUGGGUUCAAGCCCUGGUUGGGGAACUAAAACCCCACAACCGUGGUGCAGCCAAAAAAAAAAAGAAAAGAGGUGUACAAUUCCACUGUGAGUCACACAGAACUGGAGGGAGCUGUAACAGGCACUCAAUCUCUUAGGGAGAAAGUGGGACCAUGUUAAGCCUUGAGGGAGGUGUAGGAGCUCCCUGGGCAGAGAUGGUGAAAUAGCGUCCAUGUGCUAUUCUGGAUUGGACAUUCCAGAAACAGCAAGAAGGAGGGCUGGGGGUGGGGGUUUCUACAGGCAUGACAAUGACCCGGAGGACAAGCAGAGGGCACCUUCAGAUAGUUUUACGCAGGGGAGGGACAGGGUCAGAUUUGCACUUUAGGAAGAAAAUAGAAUUAUUUUGCUCCAUAAAAGGGAGGCCAUAAUCUCUGCCUUCCACCUCUGGAAGCCGAGGAAGAGCAAAUGAGAACACUGAGGGCUGUAAAGUAUUACUUAGACAUGUGGAUGUGGGAUGGGAUGUGGAAUGUGGGGCGUGGGGCGGUGGCUCUAGGAUGGGGGAUCAUCUGGGACAGGCAACUAACUGUCUGAUGUUUGCUUUCCCAUUCCUCCUGUGGGUGAGAAAGGGCCUGAUCCAUUUCUGCAGAGCUCAUCAGCUCUUUCCACCUCUGUGGGAAGAAAGCAUGGCUGGGUUGAAAAUCAAACGUUUAAUCAACCGUGUGGGGUUGGGGUCGGGUGAAUCGGGGAGCACCAAAGCUUGGCCCAUGGUGAGGGCUGGACUCGCUGCAGUUUUGGGCCUGGCACAGGGAGCUUUGGGUUGGUUGGUCGGUCGGUUUUUGCCAAGAUGCAUUACAGAACUCUGAAAAACAAUUUUCUCAGCAUGGCCAGAACGGUGGCCUCUGAGCCUUCCCUUGGUGGCUGUCACUAAGGGGGGCUCUCCUGGCAGCUGUCAGCAUUCGCUGUCUUUGUGGGUCUGUUCUUCUUCCAAAGUAGUAGCCUGUGGGGAGACAUGAAGGUUGACUUUAAAGGGAAGUUGUGAGCUGUUAAGACUCCAAACCAACUGCAUUUAUCU